CAUCACAAGAGAUCCAUCACACACAAAUAUACACAACCCUCGCGUUAGUCCAUCGCACAUUUCGUUCACUUGGCCAACAACGAUGCCGUCCGCGAAACCCUUCGCGACCGCCGCCGGCGCUCUACGAGCGCGUCUUAGUUCGGGCCUUAAAACCAGAGGAGGACACGGCCCGAACCCAUUUACUACUGCGGGCCACCAAGAUCGGCCCAAUGGAUACCUAUUCAACCGUGUUCCGCCACCACCUGGACAGUCCCGUAAAUGGGAAGAUUGGGAACUCCCUUGUUACAUCACCAGCUUUUUCACUAUCGUUAUCCUUGGUGUGGGCCUUAAUGCUAAGCCCGAUCUUACACUUGAAACUUGGGCCCAUCAAGAAGCCCUAAAACGCCUCGAACUUGAAUCCCCUCAAAUCCAGUCUGUUGAUGCGGAAUGAUCUGUGGAUCUGUUUGGGUAUGCCCUUUUUUGGAUUUUCAAAUUAGGGUUUCGAUAAAAUGGGGAUAUUUUUUCCUUGUUGAUAGUUUGUGUUUUUUAGAAAGUUGGGAAAUAAAUGUUAUGCCUUGACGUUUAAGCGUAGACUUUAAAUUUGAGCUUACUGUUUUAUUUUGUUCAGUUUUAAUGAAAUUUUGAAUGCUGAAGGUGCAGCAAUAUGGUACUAUUAUGAAAUGACAAUGGUUGACUAUGUUAUUCCUUUUUUAUUUUCA